GUUUUGUCGUCGAUUGGUGCUUGUUGUUAUGUUAUAAUGCAGUGUAGUAAGUUGUGAAAUGAGGAGGAGAGGAAUGAAUGUGGGGUGGGAUGGUCCUCUUAGGUUAAGCCAAUUUGUCAAGCCAUGGCGGAGAGAGAGAGGACCCUCACUGUAUCAGAGGUGAGCCCGCAUGCCCGCCAAGACAUUAUUUUUUCUUUUUCGCUCUUCCUCUUCAGAUAAACCAUCUUAACUUUUUUUUCCCUCUUCACACCACCACCAUAAUAUCGAGCUCACCCCGACCAACGCAAAAGUUCACAACAAUGCCAGAUAAAAAGGUUGUCACUAAAUCGCCCGCUGGGAAGGGGUCUGUUGCACCAACUUCAAAUUCACCAUAUCAAUUAGAUAAUGCACAGGUCCUAAAGGCUUGCAAAGCCCUCCUAAAAUACCUCAAGGGGAAAAAGGCAGAAUCCGCAAAAUCCAAGAAAGCCAACCUCCUUGAGGACCCAGAGAAUCCCACGCCGGAGACAAUAUGGUUGAAUUUGGCCAUGAAGAAGCUAGUAACAGAUACUAAGCGGCUCAAGCCCGCCCGGAUCAUCCUCCCACACCCCCUCCGCGACCCGCAAACAACCACUAUCUGCCUAAUAGUCAAAGACCCGCAACGCACCUACAAAGACCUAAUCGACACCAUGCCCUCCCUCUCCGCCGUCAUAAAAAAGGUAAUCGGUGUCUCCAAGCUCCGCGCGAAAUUCAAAUCCUUCGAGUCCCUCCGCCUACUAGCGGCCUCAUACGAUCUAUUCCUCGCAGACGACCGCGUGAUCUGCAUGCUCCCGGCCAUCCUAGGGAAGACCUUCUACAGCCGCAGCAUAAAAGUGCCAAUCCCACUAUCCAUCUCACCGCAGGAGCGCUUGAAGAGCGAGGUAGAUAGCUGUCUGAAGGCUACCUACCUGCAUUUGAACGCAGCAGCCAGUUCGAGUCUUAGGGUCGGGCUGAGCACUUUCACCCCUGAGAUGAUCGGGGAGAAUGUUAGCGCGGUUGUGGAGAGGGUUGUUGAGGGCGGCAAAGGGGUUGGGAAGGUGGGCGUGCCCGGGGGAUGGAGGGGUCUGAGGAGUCUGCAUUUGAAGAGCCCUGAGAGUGCGGCUUUACCGUUGUGGCUCGCGGAAGAAUUGUAUGAGGGCAGUGACGUGCUGAGGGAUGGAGAGCGGGAGGAAUUGGGCGCUAAAAAGGCGAUCAGGAAGGCAGAAGUCAAGGAGAGGAGGAAAAGGAAGAUGAAGAAGAGGCAAACUAUGGUUUCUAAGGAACAGAAGUAG